AUGCCGCAGUCUCAGGAGAGCUUUAUGUUUACAGUGGGCAAGCUAGAUGCCGGGAUGGCUAUUCUGCUAGGGGAACGUGCCCAUCUCAUCGAGUUCCCAUCCCUACUGCUACCACCAGGCGCCACCACCGGAUCCAUUGUGAACAUCUCCGUGCAACGGAACCUGGCCGAGGAAAAGAAGCGGGACAGCGACUUCUGGACCCUCCAAAAUGAGGUGCUCCAGAUGUAUGGCACAAAGUCGCCAGAGAACCCCGAGCUCGAGGUCAGGAACGUCACUCAGACAUCUGUGACACUCGAGUGGCCGCCUCUGCAGCUUGCCACCGCAAAGCUGCGCUCCCUGGACAUCUACCGCAACCGCCAGCGCCUCGCAUCUAUCCCGUCACCGCUCACGAACACCUCCACGAAGCUCUCGGGACUGCAGAUCGACAGCGAGUACACCUUCCAGCUCGUGCUGCGCACCACCGCGGGCGUAUACCCAUCGAACCUGCUCCGCAUACGCACGCACACCAUGACGGACACGUCGGGCAUCUCCGUCUGUUUCGGCAACGUGCAGGACUCUGUGCUGCUCGAGAACUCGAGGAUGGCGCUGCGCGAGAUGGGCGCGAAAUGGAGCGACAAGAUCCAGAUCGACACGACGCACUUUGUGUGCACGACCCCGGCGGCGACCCCCAGCGGCGCGCAGGCGUCCGGAAGUAUAACCACCGCGCCGGGGGUCGAGUAUCAGAAAGCGCUGCAGCUCAGCAUACCGGUCGUGCAGCCACACUGGAUUCUCGCGUGUCAUUCUGCGAAAAAAAUGGUACCGAUCCACCCGUACUACCUCGGUGCGAAUCCGCCCGUUCCCGCCACCUACUCCCGCCCGCAGUCCAUGUCGCAAGCCAGCCUCUCCCGCGAGACGCAGAGCGCAUCGCCCUCGCAGCAGCAGAAGCACGUCGCGAACCGGCAGUCCAUGCCCCCGCAGCGCGUCGCCACCGCGUCGCCUCCGUCCUCGUCGCCGCACUCCGCGCCCGGCCGGCGCUUCGAGCCGACGCCCGAGGAGCACGAAGAGGGGGAGGGAGAGGCGGCGCCGCGGGGAACGGGGCACGUGCGCAAGGGCACGAUGAGCAAGAACUUCCGCUUCCCGCCGCCGGCGCCGCCUACCCCGCCGCCCGUGCCCUCGGGCGCGGGUGAGGGCGGCUCCCCGCCACAAGCGGAGACCCGGCCAGAACCCCAGCCCACACCGCAGGCGCAGGACGCGGAAGAGGCAGCAUUGACAGCGGUAGGCGUGGUCGCGCCGUCAAGCGUGGAGGUCCCACCUCCGCCGCCAGUCGACAAGGAGGUGGCCCCGCAUAGUAUGCCGGAUACGGUGGACGACGAUGUGGGUGAGACUGAAGAGAUCUCAUUGAAUUAGCGCGCCGUACCGUGACUUGCUUUGGUAUGCUGUGAUAUACCCUUUAUGUGAUUCCAAAGGGCUGGGACACACGGUUCGUUUAUGAUUGGCAGGACUGGGUUGCUCUGGAGGAUUGCCAGACCCUCAUGAAAUUGAUAUUUUCAUUCCACGGCGCGGCUUCAGUUUUCAAGCGCAACACUGUUGUACAGCUCCCUUGUAUUGAGAAAAUGAAAC